GGUGGACGCACCUCUGGGUGGACUCCAGUGGUCGUUGGAGAUCGGUUGGCUCCGCCGCUGUCAUUUGGACACCACAGGGGCCUCAGCAGCGGCCUGCCGGCCCCAGAUCGGGACUCGGAGUCCCCUCGAUCGGCUGUGUCGUUAGAUCCGCGUGCUGAGCUAUCAGCCAGGUAGUAUAGGAUAUUGGCGAGUUGUGGUGUUUGGUGUGAUCAGUGAAGCGGAGCGGCGGAUACACGACCUUCCGGAACUGCACCGCGGACGGCCUCGAAGUGACUCGGAUAGUGAGACCGCGAGGUGCGGUGCAGCCCGGGAACCAGCCGAGACGCCGCGCCCGGCGGACAUGGUCCCCCUGUGGUUGACCGCGCUGGCCGUGGCGGCGCUGGCAGGGCUCGUCCUGCGCCGCCGCCGCCGACUGCCCGCCGACGGCCGCGUCGUCUACAUCAUCGGCGCCGACACGGGCUUCGGCUUCUCGAGCGCGCAGCACCUGCAGCGCGCCGGCUGCCGCGUGCUGGCCGGCUGUCUGCACGCGGACGGCGAGGGGGCGCGGCUGCUCGGCCAGGCCGGCUGCCAGGUGAUCCCUGUGGACGUGCGUGACCCCGACUCUGUGACGGCGGCGGCCGCCGAGGCGGCGCGGCUCGCCGGCGACGCCCGGCUCUGGGCGGUCAUCUACAACGCCGGCGUGCUGGUGCUGGGCCACGUGGCCUGGCUGACGGAGCACCAGGCGCGACACAUGUUCGACGUGAACGUGCUGGGCGCGGUGCGGGCGGCGCGCGCCUCGCUGCCGGCUCUGGCGCGGCCCGGCGGCCGGCUCCUGCUGGUCGGCAGUCCGUGCGGCAGCAUCCCCUGCCAGGAGGUGGCUGUGUACGCGGCCUCCAAGGCGGCGCUGGCCGCGCUGGCCGCCGGCCUGCAGAUGGAGGUGCGCGCCAGCGGCCUGCACGUGGCGCUCGUCACGCCCGGCGACAUGGCCACAUCCACCAACAUCCUGGGCCGCCAGGCCGAGCACGUCCAGCUGAUGUGGCAGCACAUGGACGCCGACACACGCCGCCGGGACGGCGCUGUGUUCGCCGCGUUCCGCGCGCGUUUGGCCGGCCUGGGCCCGCGGCCGCCGGCCGUGCUGGGCACGCCGCGUCUGCGGCGCGCCGUGCUGCGUGCCGUGCUGGACGUGUCGCCGCUGCGGCACUACACGGCCGUGGAGCUGGGCACGCAGCUGUGGCUGGCGCUGAGCUGGCUGCUGCCGCGGCGACUGCAGGAGUGGCUGGUGGACGCCCGACUGCACUACGCCCUGCACCGGCUCGACUGGGACUGGCUCGACCUCAACAACCUCAUCUAG